CAUUCGAGGCAAGCCCGGUAAUGAAGGCAACAGAGACAGCUUUCUAUCUACAAAAGGGUAGGGAGCAGACUCUUCCAUGUGUAGACAAGACGCCUGGCGAUAAAUCUUGCAGUAUCCGAUGGAUGCAAGAGGACAAGGACAGCGGUCGACAGAUUCUCCAUUACCAGGUUUUCAACAACCACAUCACCGCUGAGCCUACCUUUCACCUUGCCGUUGACUUCGGUCUCACUAUCAAAAGUGUACAAGACAACCAUACUGGAAGAUACACCUGUUCAAGAGGUGCCGGAAAACCAUACACAAUUAUUUCCGCAUUCGUUAUAGGUGAUUCUUUUCCACUUGAUGACAUGAAAUCGAUAGCCGCUGAUCAGGUGACUUUUGAACCUGGUCAGAGAUUCGAACUGCCCUGCCCUGCCAAAUCAAACCUAUCUGAGACAACCAAGGCAACAUUGGUUUGGUCUUAUGGCACCUCAGACAAGCGGUCAUCCACUGUUAUUGGCACACGGAAUCUACCAGAUGGUUCAAAAAGUAUGUCUGAUCUGGGAGGCAAACGGUGCUUUGAUAUAGCUUCAAACGGUUCCCUCCUUUCCAACUGUUCUGAUGAAGAUGAUGUUAGGUACUGGUGUCACGUCUUUCCCCAUGAUAGUUUGUUACGGAGAUCCCAUGUCGAUGUGUCUUUCCACACUCAGAACACUACUCCAAACUCUGCGCAGGUGCCCUGUAUGAGACUUCAUGUGGCAGGCGUAAUCAUUGCUUGUGAGAUGAUGAUUAGACUUGUGCUGUCCUGGAACAAUCUGACUUAGUUUGACGGUUUCAUCUUAUCAUUUGGCACACUUUAAGCUUUUUUAACGAUACUUGUUAUCUUUGUUUAUAUUAUUUUUUAAAUUAUUGUUCUUCUUGUUAUUCAUUUUAUUAUUGCAUGUUGUUACUAGAAUCUGUUUGUUAUCUCUCUCUAAUUGGUAUCCCUGUUGUAACCGAUGCUGCUCCUUUUAUUGGAUACUUUUUAUUUUAUUUUUUGUUUUGCAAUAAAAAAAAUAAUGUGUGAACCGCUAACCUGAGAAAAACCUAUUCGUCGGGAACGUGAUACACCUGUAGGUGAGCCUAUUCGAAGAGUUGCGCUUUGAGGCAAAUUGAGAAACACAGCAGGUGUUCACUGGGGUUUAGGGGAGGGGUUGUUUUGUGGGAUGUGAGUUUUAGUUGUUAUUUUUAUUUUCGGUUUUGUUUUGCUUUGGCUAUUAUUUUUGUUUUCUGCUUUCAUUUUGGGUUUUAUGCUUGGGAACUAGGAAUUGUUUUAAAGAGUGCUGCGUAAUCCUGGUUUUUAUGAUGUGCAACGAGAUCAGGAUAAACAAAGGACGUUAUUCAAAACAAAUACAUGUAGGCAAAGUUUGGUUAGAAAAGGAUAAGGGAUUAUUGCAUUAGUGGUAAGUAAGGUUUGAAAAAUUCUUGGCACGUUCCCCUGGGAAUGUCUCCCUAAUUUAUAAAGGGUAAUUAUUAUAACUUUUCGUUAUUAGUUAUUUCUUCAUCUUAUACACCAUUAUUAUUAAUCUGCGUCGUAUAUUUUUGCAUCAAUAUUUCUUUUGCACGCAGAAUGGUACGUUUGUUGUUGAUGUAUUUUUUAUUUAUUUUAUUUUUGGUUCAUUUCAAGGGCGUAGCUUAUUAUUCCCCCGUGCAACAAAAGCCACUACCCCAAAAAUAAGGCAAAACAAAUCAUUGCCAGGUACAGAGAAUACUGACACAUCAAAGGCAUUUAGACACUUAGAGAUCGAAAAGCAAACCUGAUUUGGUUUCCAAUCGUAAAUAUCUGCAAUCUGCGAUCUUAUACUUAACGGUCGUAAUGAUCUACGACAUUUUUUGUAAUACUU